GUCAAGUGUGUGAGCGGGAUGAGGGAGGAGAGCCAGCGAGAUGAAGAAGAAGAUGCUGCUUUUGUAAGAGUCCAUCGCAAAGUGAUGGUGUCAGUGCCCGGAGACCAAUCCUGAUGAUGCUGUGAGCUUUAAGCACUUGGGAGUCUUCAACCAAGGAGUUAUUCUAAUAUGGGGAGCGUCAGCGAGCUGUGCGCUUCCAGUUUUCAGGCAUUUUUGUGCCCGACGGUGCCAGCUCUGGAGCCUAAUGCUGCUCCUCCUACUACAGUGCCCGAUGACCUCAGCCCAGAGGAGAGACAGGAGCUGGAGAGCAUCCGCCGCAGAAAGCAGGAGCUACUGCUGGACAUACAAAGGCUGAAGAAUGAGAUAGCAGAAGUCACCAGUGAGAUUGAUAACCUGGGCUUGACUGAAGAAAGGAAAAGCAUGCAGAGGAACAAACAAAUGGCCAUGGGCCGGAAGAAAUUCAACAUGGACCCCAAGAAGGGUAUCGAGUUUCUAAUCGACUGCUCGUUGCUGAAAAACACAAGCGACGACAUUGCGCGCUUCCUCUACAAGGGUGAAGGCCUGAACAAGACUGCCAUUGGCGAUUACCUGGGGGAGAGAGACGACUUCAACAUCGAGGUGCUGCACGACUUCCUACAGCUGCACGAGUUUUCGGACCUAAACCUGGUCCAGGCGCUGCGGCAGUUCCUGUGGAGCUUCCGACUACCCGGCGAGGCCCAGAAAAUCGACCGCAUGAUGGAGGCAUUUGCACAACGAUACUGCCGCUGCAAUCCCGGCGUGUUCCAGAGCACAGACACGUGUUAUGUGCUGUCCUUUGCUGUGAUCAUGUUGAACACUAGUUUGCACAACCCCAAUGUGAAGGACAAGCCCUCGGUUCAGAGAUUUACAGCCAUGAAUCGAGGCAUUAAUGAUGGCGGGGACCUGCCGGAUGAGCUGCUCCGGAACCUCUUUGAAAGCAUCAAAAACGAGCCUUUCAAAAUCCCCGAAGACGACGGCAACGACCUUACGCAUACUUUCUUCAAUCCUGACAGAGAAGGCUGGCUGCUCAAACUCGGAGGUGGAAGGGUAAAAACCUGGAAGAGGCGCUGGUUUAUCCUCACUGAUAACUGCCUUUAUUAUUUUGAGUUCACAACUGACAAAGAACCCAGAGGGAUCAUUCCCUUGGAAAAUCUGAGUAUCCGCGAAGUGGAUGACUCAAAGAAGCCGAACUGCUUCGAACUCUUCAUCCCAGACCACAGAGAUCAGGUGAUUAAGGCUUGUAAGACAGAGGCGGACGGCCGCGUGGUUGAGGGCAACCACACUUUUUACAGGAUUUCUGCCCCUACUGCUGAGGAGAAAGAUGAGUGGAUCAAUAGCAUCAAAGCCGCCAUAAGUAAAGACCCCUUCUACGAGAUGUUGGCCACUCGCAAAAAGAAGGUUUCCUCUUUGAAGGACGUGUAGUCCUAGCUAACACAGGCAGGAUUGACUGAUGGAUGAAUGCUGCUGGAAAAAGUGGAACUCAUCUCUGACACCAAUGAACCCACUGUUGCACCUUUCCCCAACUGCAGGUCUAACUCAUUUCCUCUUUUUUAUAUAUUCAAAGUACCUAUCUAUGUUUGAGAGAAUUUAGUUUGUUACUUCUCCGGGUGGGAAAUUGAAACAUCCCGUGAAAAACAAUGCAAGUAUUCAUGUGAAUCAGGCACAAAGAAGGAAAAAAAAAAACAAAAAAACUGGACCUCCUUUUGCAUUUUGUCACCCUCCCGGUUGCUUUCAACGCACAAUUAGUGGAUAUGAAGGUGACGGAAGUUGUUACUUUGUAUUUAUUUGACAUUAUUUAUUGUUUUGUCUCAUUAAAAGUUUCCAACCAAUCCAGGUUCUUCCUAAAUCUCCAUUCUUUGGUGUGAAUUUUCACAAACACUUGGCUUUUCAAUGUACAGUACAUGGAUCUGUUAACAGAUGGUAUGACACUCCCACAUUGUCCUUCAUUGUGGCUAACAUUCUCUUUUGAAGUCUCUCUUACUUCUGUGGAGCAAAAAGACCUUAAUUUGAAAUGUAACUGAAGUAAAACAGUCAGUGUUUCCAUUUCCUGGACACAAGUUCAGUGUUUUGUGGCAUGCCAGCGAUGCUCCAGUAUUCUUUCACGUGUGCAGUAUCAGCAGAAAUGACGUUGCCUCCAUCCUCACCGCCUGCGCAGUAACAACAGACAACGUCAAGGAAAAAUAAAGCCCAGGUUGGUAAAUCCCUCCUCCAAAAUAAUGAAUUUUUAGCCUGAAAAAAAGUUAUCGCAAGUCUUUUUGACCUAGUAUUUCACAUUUUGGCCACUAGAGGGUACAGUUCAAGCCCGGAGUUGCUAAACUGCUCCUCCCAUGCAGACUCUCAAACCCUGGAGUAGGUCCAAAAACUCGUGUCACAAUGUACUAAACGUGUUCUAACAAUAACACUGUCCCUCCUCUUUGCAGCUGAUAAUCUUUACAGUUGUUUUUUGUUUUGUUUUGUACAAAGCGAUUGUUUGAGUGCCGCCUUUCUCUAUUCCAGGAACAAGACCAGAAGAUUUAUGGGUGCCAAACACCCGUGUCUAAAAAUGGCACAAAGGAUUACGCACGCUGCACUCUCACCCACCUGCGUGACUUGUUCGUCCACCUGGAUGCCAAGGGGCUUCAUCUGGACUAGAGGGAACACCCAGGUGUCCUGCUCCUUCUCAGAGUGCUGGCGCUGGCUGAGGAGCAGCUGCUGGCGCACGCGGGCCAUGUUUACCACCUCCAUGAUGCGCUUGCUCGCCGCCGUUGAAAAGUCCUGCCUGUCACCUAGGAGACAAAAUAGCUGAGUAUCUGUAUUGCUAGUUGCGUGCUUAGUGAAUCUGGAAUGUAGUCAUAGCAUUGUUUUAUGUCCCAAAAUAGAUGCAUUUUUUCCCCACAACAACAAUGGUAGUAAACAUUUUUUUUUUUGGGGGGGGAUGUUUUUCCUCUAAAUAUACCCAAAGUAAAAAUGAACAACGGGGCUGUGCUUGAGACAGUAAUAGCUACCAAAGAUGCAUUGACAAAGAAUUGAAUUUACAUGUGAUUUAUAAGUUGGGGGGAUAACGAUUCAUCAAGCAAAAAAGCUCUAUCGAAAUUGAAUUGGGGCUGACUGCAAUAUUGGCAAAUAUUGUAAUGAUAUUGUAUUGUAACUACAGGUGCAACAAUCACUAUUUUGAUAACCAAUCAAUUGUUUAGAACCUUCACCUUAAACUUUUCUAAUUUCUGGAAAUUAUAACAUACAUAUAAUUUCACAGUUGUAAAUAUCAGAUUUCUUCAUGAUAUUUUUGUCAAGUCAAAGUAGGACACCGUCUUAAAACUUAAUAAGGCUGCAACAACUAAUCGAAUUAUAAAUUAGUUGCCAACAAAUUUGAUAAUUGAUACAGUUGUAGACUACAGUUAAGUUGGGAAGCUGUAAUGAAAUAUUUUUGAAGGAAAUAGUCAUUUUGUCUUAACUAUUGCAACGUCAAACAACUUCAAGGUAAGGCUGUGAAGGUAAUUAGAAAGUGACAUUUAUCCAAUUAAUCGAUUUUCAAAAUAAUUGUUAGUUGCAGCCCUAAUUGUAACAUUAAAUUGUUGAUUUACACCCCUAAUCAAACAAUACAUUGCUCUGGGUCAAAAUUAAUAAUAAAAAUUGGUGUUAACUAUUUCAUUUUGUAUAGAAUUGAUCUCAGGCCCUUAUAUUGAACCAAUCUAAUUAUGGCAGUUUUUUAAAUAUCAGCAAAUAUACUGUUAUUCAAAGAAUCAAUAUAAUUAAUAUAAAUUGAUGAUUUGAACUACAGUUUUACAAUUUUUUAAUAUAUUUACAUGACAAACAUAUCAACAAUAUCUUUUUCAUCUCAUCAUGUUAGUGGAUUUUUAUUUUUAGCAAGACUAACAAAAAUCUUGCCAAACAUCAAUUUCUGCUUUGUUUUAUAACUAGUUGUUACAUAAUCAUUGACAGGUUGGUCAACGCCUUUAUAUUUGAUAGCUUGUCUACUUGCCAAUUACCAAUUUGACAGCUAAUUUUACCCAUGAAAAUUUUUUUGUUAUGAGGAAACGUCAACGGCAUUUUUAUCAAUUAACCGCAUGGGUGUGUGUUUCUGUGAAUGUGUGCCUUCUCCCAGGACAUAUCAUCUUGCAACAUCACGCUAUUCCCGGCGCUUGCUUUCGGCAGUCCGGCAGACAUGAGGUCAUUUGCCUCCUCACUUGUGACAUCUUGGAAGUCUGUACUCCGGUUACGGCUAUGCACUAUUAAACCCAUUGAAUCAAGGAUGGCAGCAGCCAGACUAAACUUUGAAGAAAGUUCAUUCUCAAAUGCUACUGAAGGUCUUGUUCCAGCUGACCCGUUCCCAGGUACAAGGACGCCAACACCACUCGUCUCUUUGCGGUCCUGACACGUGCCUGAUCGGAAAGAAAGAUUGAAAGUGAUUUUGAAAUACGGGAUGUGAGCGUGAUUCCCACAAAUGACAACAGCUGUGUCACAGGCUCUCAACCAGCUGGGACCUUUACAAGUAGCAUUUGAGAUUUAUUCUUUUAAGGACCAGAAUUAGGCAAUGUCCACACGUACAGUAGUAUGAAAAUGUAUCUGAACCCUUUUGAAUUUCUCACAUUUCUGCAUAAAAUCGCCAUCAAAUGUGAUCUGAUCUUUGUCAAAAUCACACAGAUGUAAAAAAAAAAAAAAGUGCCUGCUUUAACUAAAACCACCAAAACAUCCAUGUUAAAAAAAAAAAAAAAAAAAGCACUUAUGUGGUUAGGUGUGGUUGAUAUUUUUCUGACAAACGCAGUGGUGUAGACGUUGAGUUUUUUUGUCCUGACAGAUGGGGCAAAAUACUUGUUUUGAAAAAGCCCUGCUAUGUGUGGACAUAGCAUUAUUUCUUGAAAAGGUUCCAGUAAUGUUUAAUAUAAAUGUGUUUUCUAGAUUUAUGAGUUCCGUUUUUUUCUUUAAAAAAAAAAAAAAAAAAGACUUAAAUGUAU